CCGGCAGUAGGUGUGAGGUGAUCUCGCCUGGCUCCCACCGUAGCCCGGCUCCCUGGUGUCUGAUGAUGAGUUUGACCCCCUCCAGGGGAUGCCUCCUGGACCUGCCUUGGGAAGACAUCUUGGUUCCACAUAUCCUCUGUCAUCUGCCACUGCAGCAGCUCCUGAGCCUGCAGAGGGUCAGCAAGUCGUUCCAGUCCCUCAUCCAGCUGUACCUGGCCAACAUGCGCUGCUUUGACUCAAGCCAGAUCGGACCUGCCAUCCCUCGAGCUGCUUUUGUUAACUUACUGAAGGACAACGAAGUACUGCAGAAGCUGGCUCUCCAGAACUGCUCCGACUGGCUGACGGACAGGGAACUGCUCCCAGUCAUUGGGCAGAACCACCACCUGCACCAGAUCCAGCUGAAGGGCUGUGCCCAGCUCAGCCGCCAUGCGCUGGUGGCCAUCUCGCUGAGCUGCCCCAACCUGCGCCGGCUCUCCCUGGCUCACUGCGAGUGGGUGGACAGCCUGUCCCUGCGCAGCCUGGCUGACCACUGCAAGGCGCUGGAGGCUGUGGACCUGACGGCCUGUCGCCAGCUGAAGGACGAGGCCAUCUGCUACCUGGCGCAGAAGUGCAGCAGGCUCAAGUCUCUGUCGCUGGCUGUCAAUGCCAAUGUGGGAGACGUGGCAGUUGAGGAGAUUGCCAAGUGCUGCCCCGAGCUGGAGCACCUGGACCUCACGGGGUGUCUGCGAGUCAAGAAUGACUCCAUUAGGGUCCUGGCUGAGUACUGUCCCAAGCUGCGCUCGCUGAAGGUGAAGCAUUGCCACAACGUGGCCGAGUCCAGCCUGAGCAUCCUCCGAAGCCGUGGGGUGGAGCUGGAUGUGGAGCCUCCGCUGCAGAGGGCUCUCGUUCUCCUGCAGGAUGUGGUUGGCUUUGCCCCUUUCAUUAACCUCCAGAUCUAAAACUGCUGCUGCCGGGGAGGGGGGGACUGCACAACGCUGGGAUCCCAGGAGGAUGCCGGAACCGACUGCUGCGGAGA